GUUGUCUCAAACACAAGAAUAAUUGCGGAAGCCAGAUUUGUAAAAACUGUGAAAGCGACAGCCAAAUUACGUAUUUUGUUUUGGUUUUAGACACUUUUUAAUUAGCAGAAGUGGUUUUGUUACAGAUUUGUACGUUCACGAUGUCGGCCUCUAUUUACCCGCUAGCAAAUCCUAAAGGAGAGAAGAAGCUUUGCGAAAUUUGCCAAAAACCAGCGAAACUGCAGUGCACAAAAUGCCUCGUCACAUUUUACUGUAAUCUUGACCACCAGCAGGCCGACUGGACCAGUAUUCAUGAAAAAGCUUGUCCGCUGCUGGUUUCUAUCAACACACCUGUACCAUCCGGAACACUGUCCGACCAAAACCAUCACCACAAAGAAACACUAAAGAAACAGAAGUGUCUUAUAGAGAUGGCUCAUUUGGAGGCGCGGAAGUGGGUGUCCAUGAAGAGGUUUCAGGAUGUUUUACCUGCCGCUCUUCUAUUCCAGCAUUGGAUCAUGCGGGUUUACGGAUCAUGUACUGUCGAACUGGUACCAGCAUAUCUACUGCUUGCACAGGCUAAUAUAGGUAUAGGUUCUCUCUCUCAGGCACAAGAGUAUCUGUCUAAGGCUGAGUGGAUAGUAAUGAAAACAGCAGACUGCAGUCAUACUGUCCUUCAUCAGCUACAUAGAACCUUGGGCCGUCUGCACGCUGCCAUGGGAAAACAAGCAUCUGCUCUUACUCACUUUGCCAAUGACGUGUACUAUGCCAUUGAGAUGUUUGGUUUGGACAGUAUUGUGACGUCUGGAGGAUAUUUCCUCAUGGCUGAUGUGUUUCUGAAGCAAAACAAGCCUGACAUUGCCCACUCGCUCUACACAGAGGUGGCAGGUUCAUGGCACACCCACCUGUGUAAGCUGAUGGAUGGUAUCAGUCAGAGUGCCACUCAACCAGACGAGUGUUUUAAUGAAGUGCAGUGUGUGGAGGCUGAUCAGAUGUUGAGUUGUAUUCUAGAGUUUGAGGAACAGUGUGUGAAACCUCGGCCUGAACAACUAACCAUGUUGGCUCACUCUCUGGCUAUGCUGUGGCUGCUACGCGACAACUACACCAAGGCUCUGGAAUAUGGGAAGAAAGCCGAAGUGUUGAUCCAGGGAGUUAAAGAACAAAACCGACUAAGAGAGUCGAUCCAUAAUCUCCUACAACAUGCUGAAAAAAACAUGAAUGAGACUGCUAACUUACACACUGCAGACUGCAAUACACAUUGAAAUAAAAUCAAAACAGAGUACA